CCGCACUUCAACUUUGGAAAUAGCUUCAAUCCUCGACUGCUCGCUUCAGUCGCUUGUUACACCUUCUCGCCCUCCUCAUCGCCGAGCUUCGUUUCAGACGGAUCCGGCCUCUUCAACGGAGCUUCAUCCGAUUCUAUUCUCUCCCCACUGCCGUGGGCAGCUCGCCGGCCUUCGUGUGAUGUGAAACGGAGCUGCCGUUCCUUUUCCCGUCCGUUCUUGUUUGCGUGUCGCAAUCGCAUUCCCCGAGUCCCUCCCACCAACCACAUCACAACUCAUCUACACACCGGAAUACGCUGGAAGCUCGACUUCCCAUCUGGCACCAUGACUGCGUGGAACGUACGUGCCGCGUCGAGCCAGAUACGUGAUUCCCGAGGCCGCCCGCUAACUAGCUUGGCCAGGUAUUCCGUUUCAUGGGAGACAUCUCCCAUCUCCUCUCGAAAUGCAUCCUCAUGUUCGCGAUACAUCGCAACAGGAGUGCUGAAGGUGUCUCCCUCAUCACCCAGGGCCUGUACGCCUUGGUCUUCUGCACGCGCUACCUCGAUAUUUUCUCCGAACAAUCAGCAUGGAACUUUAUCUUCAAGAUAUUUUACAUUUCGUCGUCCUUCUACAUCAUCGGGGCCAUGCAGUGGAUCUUCCCCCGUACUAGGGAGCGCGAGCUCUCCUGGAAGGUCGGCGCCGGCGUCUUCGGCGUCUCGCUCGUCUUGUCUCCCUUUGCCAUGCUUAUCUUUGAGAGCUACUGGAGCUUCCGCGUUUGGCUUUGGGACUUUAGCCAGAUCCUCGAAUCCAUCUGCGUCCUGCCUCAGCUGCUCUUGCUCCGCCAGACGACCGUCCCGACCGUCAUCGACUCCUUCUACCUCGUCACCCUUGGCUCGUACCGUGGAUUAUACCUGAUCGGAUGGAUCACGCGUGAGCUCGACAUCAACGAUAAGGCGCCGAACACGGUCUCGGUCAUCUUCGGCAUCAUCCAGACGGCCCUGUAUGUCGACUUUGCCUGGGUAUACUACACUCGCCAGCGCGUCAAGCUCCGCAACGGUGGCAUUGUUGAUGCCGACGACCUGCGCAGGGGCUGGUUGCUCAACAGAAUCUUUGGCAAGCGCAUUGAUGCCCACUCUGACGACGAGGAGAGCGCCCCAGCUCUUGGCGACGACGAUGGCCAGGGCCGCCGCGGUGGUGGCCGCCCCAAGUGGGGUGCCCGUGGCAUCUCAGUCAGCGCAGAUGAGGGUGUUCUGGAUACCGAACGGGACAACCAGCGCCGGGAUGAGGAGCUCGAGGAGGGUGUCAUUGACCCCGAUGCCAAGAUGCAGGAUCCCGAUGAGCUCGCCCGUGUGCUGGACGACGAUGACGACGACGAUACGAACAAGGCGUCUGGAAGCAAUGGCACACCCGCCGGGAUCGACAACGGUUCUGAGUGGCGCAACUAGCCCUCGGGUCACAUACCUGUCCCGUUGCUCGAGCCUGGCGGUCUGAAUA